UUGACCUAUAUGUAUUGGAUUGAAGCAGUCAUCUGCUACGGAGGAAUGUUUCCAUUUGUUUCUUCUCAUUCCAACACUGUCGCCCGUGUCCGACAAAGCGUCAAUAUGUCCUGGAGUAUCAACCAGGCCUUUACGGAUUUUAAGAUAUAUUCUACCACAUACCAUAAGGAGAAACACAAGCUAAAUGAUUCCACUGUCCAGUUCAUUGUGAGGGGAAAUCAACUUCUGCCUGCAACUAUCAACACACACACAGAGAACGGGACGAGGAUUCAGCUGAGUCUCAAUACAUCCCUGGAAGGAAGGAACCUGGUCAGUCUCACAUUCCGCAGUGUUGACGUGCAGGAUGCCGGAGUAUACAGCAUAGGCACGCAUAGCAGUGACUUGUCUCGUGAGACUCAACUUCUUAUUGUACUCCAGAAACCAUCAGAACCGAGUAUCAGCACGACAGUUGCAGACCCUGUGUCUGGUGAUCCUGUGAACCUGACCUGCUCCACCACCUCCCGGAGUCUUCCUCUGGACCGGUCUCUGUACCAGUACACUCUGAACACUUCCUACACUUGGAGGAGAAACAACAGGAGUGUAGACAGGAGUGUAGAUGACAGAGUACACGUGGCAGGACAAUUCCUGGCUAUAGACCACGUCACCAAGGAGGACAAGGGAGUGUACACGUGUCAAUCUGGAGAAGAAGGACUUCUGUCAGACUGGAGUCAGGGAUACACUCUCAAUGUUCUGUAUGGACCUGACAAGAUACAGUUUGACGACACAAGUGACAAGCUGGAGGUAGAAGAAGGGAAACCUGCAGCUGUGAGAUGUUCUACUGACUGUAACCCUGCCUGUACUGUAACCUGGUGGAACGUCUCCAGACAGACGGUGAUUACAGGACAGGGGGAGGCUGUGUUGUCUAUACCAGCUGUAGACGUAUCUGUGUCUGGACUGUUCACGUGUCACGUCAACAACAGCCAUGGGAGUGCAUCACGGAACCUGACGCUGGAUAUUCAACUGGGAGCAGCACUAAACCAUAGCUCAUUGCAAUCCAAAAGCCAACUUGCCAAUGUUCCUUUUGAGUUCAUCUUUUUUCUAGAUGGUUUAGAACCUAGACCCUCCACCGUCGGUGUCGCUGUCCCUGUAGCCGUUGUCCCCUCUGUCCUGAUCAUCAUCAUCACUGCUGUUGCUGUGAUAUGUGUUUGUAAAAGAGUGAAGAAAGGAGAUCGUCAGCACAGAUCUGGUGCACGAAAUAUGGAGGACAAUGAAAGUCAUAUUCAACUUCAACCCCGUCGUAAGUGUAUGAGGCAACUGGAAAUUCAUGAAACUAAAAUGUUUCAGUUUCUGUAUACGAGUUUGGUACAGUAUCCCGUUGUGCGCGUGACUACCAACUGA